AUGCUUUCACCCACACUUGCCGACUCUUUGGCUCUUUUUGUAGGCUCUAAGUUGCCUGUUUGCAUCGGGAAUAGCGCAGGUGACCAACCUAGCCACCAUUUUUGUACAGCAGGUGUUUACCGAAGGCAGGGAACGAGCAACUCAGCACGCUGGCACUCACGAAGAACCUCGGUUCGUCGGCCGCCACGCGCCUGCGAAGAGUUCGGUCCCCGAAAGACAGGGGGUAGUUUGCGUGAUUCAUCCAAAAUUGACUCGAGUCAUAUUUAUAAUGUAGGGGCGCGAGACACUGCCCGCGACUUGUUCGAACUAGAACCCUUCAUGCAAAACCUGAGAGAGAUUUGCGAGGUCUUCGAGGGAAGCAUCGCAGCAACCCUUGAGCGAAAUCUUAUGCUAACGCCUUCCAUUGUUCUCAUUCGACGCCUGCAUCACAAAGCGAUUCUUAACUUUUCGGAGCCGCGAGUUUUGGUACCCACUGCUGUUGCCGAGCAGGCCGCACCGUCAGACUUUGUGCAAGUUCCAGCAGUCUAUGCUGUCCUGGACGGCCCGUCGUGGCGGUAUGGUGAACCUUCCUACGAAGAAGAGAGUCUGCAAGAUAUUCCAAUAGACCCGUCGAAGAUCAAGCGCGUUCCGUUGGAGCCCAAUGAACGUCGCCUCUAUCCUUUUGCAGACUAUGUCCUGCAGUACGGCGAAAAGCGCGUUCCGGUCCGCAGCGCUCCAAUGGGGCGAAUCGAUCAAAAGCGCCUGCGUCGAAACCGUGUCUCCGUCCAGUAUAUUGGCACCAGUCCUAAUGUGGCGCUUAGCGUUCGCCACCACUUGCAACGGUUCGGCCCCGAUACUUGCCAGUUCGUGCGAGUGUGUGUGUUCCCUUCAAUGGACGUAGCCAAUAUGGAGGCCCUGAAGCAGGCGUGGAUAGCAGAGAUCGGCUAUACUCCUCGAGGAAAUCGCACCCAAGAUCCGGCGCUAGCCACGUAUGUUCAACAGUGGCAAGCUGCUCACGAAUGGCUCAACGGUGUGCAUCAGUGUAGCAGCGAGCCGACGCCGCCUCGCAGCGAGCCCGCUGCACAACAAGCCGAUGAGACGAACGAUGAGGCGCAAGCGCCAACGAUACCGUCCCGAUCGAAUAACGUCGGCACAGGGACGUACCCGAUGCCACCCGCGGAGGCCUCUGCGAACACGAACUCGCUUCCAUCGAGCGCAGCGGAAGCCGCAGCUUGUAGCGGCACCGAGGACGAGCAACGUGUCGUAUCGCCGUUCCGUAACGAGUCCGUACAGGCUGGCGUCUGCAACGGCCCAGAUACGAGGUUGCCGCUUAGUGUGACCACGGUUGAGGCGGCGCUUUCGGAAGUUCGCCCGCUCCUCCAAAAAGAUGGUGGUGACGUGCAGGUGGUAAGUGUGGAUCCCGAGAACGCCACUGUGAGGCUCCAGUUCCUCGGUGCCUGCGCCUCAUGUCCAGCACUGGAGGAUACAGUUCGUUUUGGCGUGGAGAUUGCUUUACGCAAGUACUUUGGCGAGGAACGCGUUCGAAACAUCGAGCUCGUCCCGGUUACCGAAUCCACGCUCUGGGAGCAGAACAACAAAAAACUACUCGAGUCGUGCGAGGUCGUUCUCGAUGAGUUGCGGCCAUCGCUUUUCGCACAAGAGGCUGUUUUUGAGCUAGAGCGCGUUGAACGCGGCGUUCUUUACCUUCGAUACAGCAGCUCUGAUGAUGUUCUGUACCAGAUUUCGCGCAUUAUUUCCGAACGAGUGCGAGGCAUUCUUCGAAUCGAUGCAAGGCCCUUUGACGACCAUGAAUAA